GAAAAAUGAAAUUACUACUAUGUCACUAAUUUAAAAAAAAAUGUCAAAAUCUGACAAAAACGCCAUUUCUUCCAUUGUAUUGUAUUCGAUUUAAAAAAGUGAUAAACUUAAAAAGGAUUAAAAAGUACAUCAUCAUGAGCGAAUUAGUUUGGGGAAUCAAAAACGGGGAUAUAGACCAAGUAAAGGACAUUAUUGAAAAUAAGAAAAUAGACGUGAAUGCUUCUAUAGAUGGAAGAGUUCCAUUACACUAUGCAGCAGACUAUGGACAAACAACGGUCUUGAACUAUUUACUGAACAAAGGGGCUGAUCCAAAUGUUGUUGAUAAACAUGGAAUAUCAGUUCUAUUAGCUGCAAUAUGGGAAGGCCACACUGACUGUGUCAAAACAUUACUCAAGAAUGGAGCUUCUAAGAAUGGUAAAACCCCAGAUGGCACCCCAUACCUUGAAGCUGCUGAAAAAGAUGAAAUCAAAGAACUCUUGACGUGAAUGACUAUACUGGAACUUUUAUCAUCUCACUAAUAAACUUACUUUGUUAUGCUAAGGUAUAGAUUCAUACAAAAAUUCAACAAUAUAUUUUUUUAAAGCUUCUAAUUAUAAUAAAUCAAUUAUUUUUGUAUGCUCAAAGGUAUGAUGGUUUGAAAGAAAUUUAUUUUUGAUUAUGCAUCCAUAAAGUAGUUUUUGGCAUCUUAAAUAUAUUAUAGAGCAAACCCCUUAAAGUUAGAGCUGCAAAAAUAUUAACAACAAAAUUUAAGCCCCAUAAAAUUAUUAUACUUUUAGUAAUUAAAUUAUUUAAUAAACUCAUUGGGAUAUUCCAGUUAAUUAUGAUGUAGUGUUCUCACCAAAUAAAAAGCGAAAAAUUAAAA